CGUGUGUUUGUGUGACACAUUUUGGAGUGUAAUGCAACCCUUUCCUUGUUUCUUUUUCAUUUUGGAUCAUGUGACCAAAGUAUGACUUCUCCCAGCCGUCUCUAGUAGCAACCUGUGUGCAUGUGUGUAGCUGAGCUUCUCCGACCAUCUCCUGCCAGGCUUUACAGUCCAUUUGAAAGGAAUGUGAGUCUAAGUCAUCUUGGGAAUGUAAAAAAGUGUCUGAGAGUAUCCGAGGGUCUUAUCUGUUGGGGAGGAAGAGGAAGAGGCCCUUGAAAUUGGACAUGGACUUGACAUGAAAAGUUGGAGCGUUAGAAGGACCACCCAGUGUGCAUUGCGCUAAUAAUGACGUUGACUGAUGUGUUUGAUUCGUCAAAGGCUCCAGUGUGUUUGAGGAGCCAUGCUUCCCGGGUAUGGAGUCUCUCCUUUUCCUGAUUUCCAGCCCCACCAUCACACUUUGCACUGCAGAGGAGACGGUCCCAGCAUGUGGAUCCCUAGCCCGGGUGAGUCGGCGGCUCUGAUCUCUGGCCCCAAGGACGAUGAGCCUCUACCCCGCCCGUGUCACCACAAACAUGUGGCUGUGUGCCAGCAAGAGACGUUGGCCUUCAUCGAUCUUCAGUCACCAGUAAAUUCUAAGAUUAAUUGGCACAACUCAUCUUCUGAACAACAAUGUGGCACGUACGCCCCACUCCUCAACACUUUGAAGCACUCAGAGAGUGAACUUACUGACUGGGCCAAAAGCUACCUCGGAGCGGAUAUGGACGAUGAAGCGUUGACUUCAAACACUCAUCGUAGUACCAGGCCCGACAUCGAAAGCCAAAGUGGUUGCAGAAUGUCUUCACUGGAACAGACUAAUGGAGGAGCACAAAGUUUCACAUCAGUGUAUCAUCCCGACUGCGUACCUAGUCUCCCUUUACCUUUCCCGCUGUCCUCACUCUACACAAACCUAGACUCCUGGGACUCUCAGAUUCCUUGCUCUCCAUCCCCACCUAAAGGGACGGUGUUACAGAGCUUCAAUUCAUACCAACCGCAGAGGCGAACAUCCCAAGUUUCACUUAAAGAGAAGUCCAUCCGCCGUAAGAUUCAGGUUUAUUCUUCAGACAGCCUCAGUGAUGACUCACUGAGCAGUCCCGUUCUGGAUGCAGACUUCCUCUCCCCUGAAACCUUUGUAUCUCUCCUGGAGGAGGAUCUCAGUCGACAAUCCUCAAAAGAGACCAACACCAGUCUUUUGUCUACAGAUGCUACUCUGGACCUACAAAAUCUCAGACCGGAUAUUCCCCAUCUAGCAACAGAACGGCUGCAGAUGUUUGAGGACUCACUACCAGGUGUGCGAGAAGAUCGUUUGUACAUGUCAACGAUGGCAACGGAGGGCAACACUAUAUCACGCAGUCGCCAAGAAGAGCACGAGCGGCGACGUUUCUCUGCUUCAGAACUGAUUUCAAGGCUCCAGCUGUCCCAAAGAAAGAAUUCCUUCACCUUAAAGCUGGGAAAGUCACUGUCGGCCCGAGUCGCCUCCAGGGACCGACAGGGUUCAAGCAGUUUGAGCCCAGACAAUAAGUCCAACACAAAGCAACACAGCUCAGGAGGCUCCAGUGAUAACGACCCCCACAGUCCUGCAGGACCUGCACCACCGCUGCCCAGCAGUGACAAUGGAGUGCCAACGCAUUGGUGGAGUGCCAAACUUGGAAUGCGGAAGAGGUCCAUUGAGGAAGACUUGUUCGCACUGCCCACUGUUGCUCGCUCCAAUCGCCUAUCAAGGUUCUUGCCGAGUUCCAUCCUGUAUCAAGAAUACAGCGAUGUUGCCAUUAACAGAGAGAUCCGAAGGCAACGGGGCAAGGGCACAGAGGAGGAAGGCCUCAGGGACGAUGGUUCUGACGGGACCAUGUCUCCGUCCAGUCUAUCUCCAUCCAGCUCCUUUUGCUCCUCGCGAGGAUCCGCUUUUGCCCUGUGGCAGGACAUUCCUGACGUGCACUCCAGUGGUCAGCUGGACAACUUCAGCAAUGAGCAGAGAAAAUUACAGGAGGCCAAAUUUGAGCUUGUGACUUCCGAGGCCUCAUACAUUCGAAGUCUGACGAUCGCUGUGGAUCACUUCAUGCUGUCACAGGAGCUCUCUGAAUGUCUCGGAGCUCAGGACAAGCAAUGGCUCUUCUCCAAGCUGCCCGAAGUCAAAGAUGUCAGCGAGAGGUUCCUUCAGGACUUGGAGCACAGGCUGGAAGAAGACAUCCUGCAUUUUGAUGUGUGUGACAUCAUUCUGAAACACUGUCCGGCCCUGCGCAGGGUCUACUUACCUUACGUAACCAACCAGGCUUACCAAGAGCAGACCUAUCAGCGGCUCCUGCAGGACAAAGCUCGUUUUCCUGCCGCCUUGGCUCGUCUGGAGGAGGACAGCGUCUGCCAACGACUGCCUCUGACCUCCUUUCUAAUCCUCCCAUUCCAGAGGAUCACUCGUCUUAAAAUGCUGGUGGAGAACAUCCUAAAGAGGACUUCCCCAGGCUCCAGAGAUGAGGACACGGCGACGAAGGCUUUCAAUGAGCUAAAAAAGAUCAUAAAAGAAUGCAACUCCAGCGUGCAGUCCAUGAAAAGGAUGGAGGAACUCAUCCACCUCAACAAGAAAAUUCAUUUUGAGGGCAAGAUCUUUCCUCUGAUUUCCCAAUCUCGCUGGCUGGUGAAGCACGGUGAGCUUCUGGAGAUUGACACGCAGACCAUGAGUAUUUCUGGAUCCAAGUUCAAGUUACCCACCAAGCCGGUGUACCUGCAUCUGUUCAACGACUGCCUCCUGCUGUCCAGGAGGAAAGACACAUGGAAAUUCCUGGUAUUUGUCCACGCCAAGAUAGGAGAGCUAAAGGUGAAAGAUUUGAGUCAGAAGCUGCAGGGAAUCUCAGGCUUCAUCUUCCACCUUCAGCUGUGUGACGGACAGCAGCUCAAACAUCAGAUCCUGCUCAAAUCACACACUGAGAGCGGGAAGCAACGAUGGAUUGCAGCCAUGUUUCCAUCCAAUCCUCUCGAGGACAUCGAGCACGCCAGCGAGAACGAUGACAUAUCUCAGGUCCAGUGCAUUAGAAGCUAUCAGGCACAAGAACAUGAUGAGUUAACACUGGAGAAGGCGGACAUUCUUCAUGCCAAGACCAUCACCAGCGACGGGUGGGUGGAAGGCAUCCGGUUGUCAGAUGGGGAACAGGGCUGGUUCCCCAAAUCCUACGUGGAGGAAAUCACGAGUCGCACUGCGCGUCUCCGCAAUCUCAGAGAAAACAUUCGUAUCAAAUGUGUCAUGCAAAAACUAGGAGAGGACUAGCCUGCAUUUGUUUUCCCGGACAAUGGUAGUGUUCUGCUGUUGCAUGUUGUACAUACAAAUAUAAAAUGAUCUAAUAUAACAAAGCUCUUACCUUUAUACAAGAUUAGUGUAGUAUAAAAUUACGUGCAGGGAACUCAUCCAUGUAUUGUAACUGGACAAUGUGACAUAAAUAUGUCCAAAGCUUUUCUUUAUCCAAUUACACUUUGUCUUUGUUUGCAAACAUGCCGUAGUCGUCCACCCUGCCGCCAAUCCAACCCAUAUUACAAAUCUUAAUUCUUAUCAAAUUUGUCUGUCAAUUGUUUUCAUCCAUUGUCGUUUGUAAUUUAAAUGUAUAUUUAUACUUUUUCAGCUGCUUUUCUCUUUAUGUAAAUGUUUAUGGCUAAAUGAAUGCUUUUAUUUAAAUUGACGUGAACAAAUGAUGGUUUGCAGCUUUGCAUGACCGUACUGUAUGUAGUCUGAAGCUGGAUGCCUGCACACUACUGU